UUGUACUAUUGAACUGAACUUUGAGAAGAUAGAGGGAAGCACGGGAUCAAAUUGGCAAGGUCUACAGGACAUGAUAGGUACUGAGAAGGAUUCUAAGACUCGGCUUCGUCUCAGAAGUGAACCAAAGGACAUCUCAACAGGACCUGGUAAGAUGCCACUGACGACGUCUCUGUACCGUAAGCCAGCCUCGGCCCGCUGGUCCAGAAGGACACAGAAGCGCAGGGAGGUGCUCUCUGUCAACAUGAUCAGCCUCCCAUUGGCCGACUUCCGCCAUGUUUCCCACAUCGGGAACAACGACCAUAGCGACAGCUUCGGGGACCUGUCCUUUCUGAAAGGGGGCAACAGCCUGGUGCUGCAAAGCUCUCAGAGUGAGCAGAACCUCUUGCUGGCCUGCUACCCUCCACCCAAACCCUUACGCCUUAACCUGGACGAGGCCACGGAGAGCCCCGAGUGGACCAGGGCCCACAUGAGCCACAGUGCCUCAGAGAGGAGGAAGAAGUGCAGCUCCUUGCCCCUGCUGGACAGCGAGGAGGGUGAGGGGAAUGGGGAGAUGGAUGGCAGGGUUAGCCCCAGCCACAGGGUCAUGGUCAGCAGCCCCAGUCCUGCCCGUGGCAGCCUGAGUUCUGGCCGGGAUGGAGACUCCACUCAGACCUGCUCUGAGGACACGCAGCAGCUGGAUGAGGUGGACAAUAGCUUCUCCUUCAGCCUGGACCUGGGCCCCUCCAUCCUGGACGAUGUGCUGCAGGUCAUGGACAGGCUCCACUAUUAGAGGAACAGCCAGACAGAGACCUUACUAACGUCAUCAUUGUAACUGGCAUUAGAACACUCAGCUGCCAUAAGACGAUGAACGGCUGACAUAAAAUAGAGUACGGUUACAUGCACACAAUAAUAUGAUUAUUGUGAAUAGUCAGAUUAAUAUAGUAGUUCAAAUAAACAUUUACAUGCUUUGCAAGAAGAACAAUUUCCCUAAUAAUCCUGUUGACAUAGACCCAUCUGAAAUCAGGCUAUUUGAUGGGCCUUUAAUAAACGCAGAAAAUCACCAAUCAAAACAAACGUUCUACCACAGCGACCAUGUUAUAUUUGUGAAGCAUAUUAGAUUCUGAGUUUACACGUGAAAACUAUUUCUAAUAUGAAUGCUUUCAGUUUACUUCAAUUAUGACCUUACACCGAUUAAGAUAGUCAUGUAAACUGCUUAAUCUGCCUACUGCCAAUUAGUUUCAUAUUGAAUUAUUAGUGCAUGUAAACACACUCCAGUGUCAGAGCAUUUGAAACACCAUGGAGAUAUAACCUACAAAGGGAUCUCUUCCAUUUCAUACGAGGUCAUCGACAAGAAUAAGAGUGCACAUGGACUUCCACUUUAACUUACUCCUUCUCUCAUUUUACUUAGAAAAAUGUUUGCUAUCUAUAGUAGAUUAUUAUGACAGAACGCUUCUCAUGAUGGAGUUGUACGCUAAUUUGAACAUUUCUUGACUGUAUCUGUUGUUUCUAUGAUACAGUAAUAGAAUCAGAAUGAGUGUCUAUUGUCUAUUGAUGUUUAAGGGUUAACGUUGGAAUUCAGUCUAUGGGGCAAAGUUCAUGUUCUUCUAGCAUUACCUGUUGCAGCGGUAAAUAAAAUGUUACAUAGUCUAGUUAAUAAUUUAGCACCUAAUUUAUCUUAAAGGCCCAGUGCAUUCAAAAACCAAAUUUCCUUGUGUUAUAUAUAUAUUUUCACACUAUGAGGUUGGAAUAAUACCUGUGAAAUUCUCUUUUGGUGUAAGAGCCGUUUAAAAAUAGUGCCUGAAAUUUCAGCCUGUUUUGGUUGGAUGGAGUUUGGGCCUGCCUGGGGACAUCACCAAGUGGUAAAUUAGUUAAUAGACCAAUAAGAAAGAGUUCCAAACCUUUCUGUCAAUAACAGCUAGUUUUCCCCUUCCCACUCAGACCACUCCCAGACAGUCCAAGCAAAAUUCUUCCUUGAGAAAUUGCUCUUUGCUAAGAAGCUAUUUUUCUUUCUUUUUGACCAUUUUAAUUUAAAACAAAUAACAGUAAGGUACUUAAUUGUUACCAAGACAUUAUUUGAUAUUGAGAUAAAAACAGCUGCAUUGGACCUUUAAUCUGUUAAAAAAAGUAAAGUAGGCAUCUUCAGAUGGCUGCUUUUUGUCCUUUCUCAGUUUAAAACCCAGUUCCUUUCUACAGAUCUCUUGAUGAGACCAAUGUUAGACUUUAGAGUGUAAUGUUAAAGAAAUAAAUAAGAAUGAAGGCUUAGUUUUCAAGGUCCUGAAGCUGUGACGUAUUGGCAUCCUUACCAUUAUGGUGUGUGGGGAGGGCAAUCUCUCCUCCGCACGCAUCUUAGAGGCCCCACUCGAAGGUGCACGAAGGUACCCCCGUCUCUCUUUCCCAACAACACAGUGAAAACAAACACUUAGCUCUGCUUCUAAUAAAGCCGGCGGUUGGCGGGCUGCAACCUCAGCCAGGCCGCAGGUCCGGACCCCCAAAACCCCAGCACUGUUUUCUUAGCUGUAAAUCGGAGUCCCUCGCUCUGAUGAGUGGCACGAGAGGGGAAAGUGGCGAGGGGUAAUGUGAUACUUCCACAUGUGCUGCUAGGACCCAAGGAGGCUGGGGACCAGAGCCAUCCAUUACCAGCAAGGCUCCUGAUGAGAGUUUAAACUAUACCUGCUGAACCAACAGGGCUUGACGCACCCCUCACCACCCCCAGUCCUGGGCCCACUCACCCACCUGCCAGGGGAGCUGGGAGAGAGCCACAUCCAGCACCACAGCAGGGGGUUGUCAGGAAAGGAAAGCAGUGGGGCAAAGCCAAAAGCAGUCACAUUCCAGGGGUCCCUGAGGAACUACAGAGAACUUCACUAGCCAUGAGUGUCCUGCUGCUGGCAGGCAGUUAAACAGUGUUUGCACGUUAACAAUCCACUGAUUUUUGUGGGUACAUCUGUACUUUAUAUCCGUUCCAUGCAUCUUUCAGGAAAACCAAUUGUUAUGGCUUUCAGUGUACUGUAUGUUUUAUGAGAAUAAUAACACAUUGGGUAAGACUGGUAGACCAGUGUGUACUGUAACUUU